UUGUUUCAGGUGAAAUCUAAAUUUGACUCUGAGUGGCGUCGGUUCUCCCUUCCCUUUCCAGACGCCAAACCUCCGUCUUACGUAGAGUUCCGUUCUUUAGUUGAAGGCUUGCACUCACUUCAUAGCGUCCCUUUCACUUUAUGCUAUACAAGUUCUGCUGGGGAUCUGCUUCCUAUAACUAAUGAUGAGAACUUUCGAAAGUCUUUCGAAUCUGCAAAACCGACGUUGCGUUUAUUAAUUCAGAGAAAAGGGGAAUCCUGGGAAGAAAAGUACGGGUAUGGGACUGAUACUAUUGACCGUCAUAGGAAAGGCCUGUCUGGGCUUAUUCUCCCGUCAGUUUCCAGACCUCCAAAAAGAACAUACAAUAUAUCAAAUCCUGAAGACUUCCGCCAGGUUUCCGCUAUCAUUGAUGUUGAUCGAAUCCCUCAAGCCCAUCGUCGAGUGCGACUUUGUAAACAUGGAAGUGAUCGUCCUUUAGGGUUUUACAUUCGCGACGGAAAUUCUGUCCGUGUAACGCCGCAGGGGGUGAUCAAAGUGCAAGGUAUUUUUAUUAGCAGGCUUGUAGAAGGAGGAUUAGCAGAAUCGACCGGUCUGUUGGCCGUCAAUGACGAAGUUUUGGAAGUGAAUGGGAUUGAAGUCCAGGGGAAAACCCUCGAUCAAGUGACUGAUAUGAUGGUGGCUAAUGCGCAAAAUCUGAUCAUAACAGUUAAGCCUGCAAAUCAAAGGAAUACUCUUCAGAGAGGAGUUCACGCUCGAGAGUCUGAUUGGAGUAGGGUCUCAGACAGUAUUGUACGCAAUGAUCACUUACAGUUGGACGAAAGUGAACCACACACCGCUGAAAAUAUUGGUGGCUCAGACUCUGGUGAUGAAGACUCAGACAAUGAUCUGCUGAUUGAUCAUACGAAAAAAAAGUGA